AUGGCCGGAAGACAAUCCCACGGACGGCCCCUGCUGUCGUCGAAGCAGCAGCCGAAGAACUUCCGCAAGUCGAAAUCCAAAGCCCAGGCCAAGGCCCUCGACGCCUUCACGAUCGCCUCGGAGCAGUUUCCCACCAAGCAGAAGAAGACGCCGAGGUUCCGGGAGAUUGACGUGCAGCCCGACACCGGAAAGAAGCACAGGCGCGCCGAGGAGGACGACGAGGACGAGGACGAAGAUGACGAGGACGAGGAGCAGCCGAGGCGGAAGAAGGCCAAGGCCUCCGGCGGCGGCGGCGAGGGCGAUGAUUCGGAGUAUGGUAGCGACAGCGAGGGCAACGAAUGGCACUACGGCGUGAACGAAGAUGAGGACUCAGAGCUCGACAGUGACGAGGCCUUUGGCGACAGCGACGAGGAGGAUUUUCAGGGAUAUUCCUUCAGAGGCAGCAAAACUGCUAAGAACGAGGCCGACUCUGAAGAAGACGAGGAUGACGACGAAUCUCUGGGCGAGGACGCAAUCGACCUCGCGCAAGCCCUGGACGAAUACGAAUCCGACGAGUCCAUGGAAGACAAGGGCUCUGGCUCCGAGGGCUCAGAGUCCAACUCCGACGCCGACAGCCCGCUCUCGUCCGACUCAGACGACGAAGAGGAUGAGGAGGAAGUCGACCCGUCGAAGCUCGGCGCCCUGCAAAAGUUCAUCACCAGCUACGGCGGCGACGACGAGGACGCGGCGCCGACGAAGCAGAAGCAGAAGAUCAGCUUCAAGGACCUCGGCCUGGCGGGCGUCAAGGACGCGCAGAUGCGCAAGUCGGUGAAGCUCAUGGCCAAGGAGGAGAAGGAGACGCGCCCCGGCGCCGGGAAGAAGCUCGAGGUGCCGCUCGCGCGCCGGCAGCAGGACAAGCUGCAGCGGGCGGCGGCGUACGAGACGGCCAACGAGACGCUGGGCCGCUGGCAGGAAACGGUCAAGCACAACCGCCGCGCGGAGCACCUCGUCUUCCCCCUGCCGCAGAACGCCGCGGACGAGGGGCUCGACAACCGCGAGCUGCAGGCGCUCACGGCCAAGAACUCGAGCAACGAGCUCGAGCAGACCAUCAUGUCCAUCAUGCAGCAGAGCGGGCUGGCGAUGAACAAGCAGGAGGAGAACAGGAUGCGGAAGGAGGCGGAGGAGGAGGGCCUGUCCAAGGAGGCGCUCAAGGACCUCGUCAACCAGCGCCGGCGGGAGCGCGAGAUCGCCUCGCGCGAGACCAAGAAGGCGGCGCGCAUCAAGAAGAUCAAGAGCAAGGCGUACCACCGCGUGCACCGCAAGGAGAAGGAGCGCGAGGAGAUGAAGCUGCACGAGGCCAUGGCCGAGAACGGCGAGAUCGACUCGGAGGCUGAGCGCGAGGCGGCGGACCGCAGGAGGGCGCUGGAGCGCGUGGGCGCCCGCCACAGGGACUCCAAGUGGGCGAAGCUGGGCGCGUCCAACAAGCGCGCCGUCUGGGACGACGACUACAGGGCAGGACUGCAUGACAUGGCCCGCCGCGAGGAGGAGCUGCGCCAGCGCAAGGAGGGCCGCGCGGGCCACUCCGAGAGCGAGGACGACUCCGAAGAGGAGGACGACGACGAGGGUAGUGAUGACGAGGACGAUGUGGUGCGCGAGAAGCGCAAGUUGCUCAAGCAGCUCAAGCGCAUCGAGAACGAAGAGGACGACAGCCCGGCGUCGAACCUGAUGAAGAUGAAGUUCAUGCAAAAGGCCGAGGCGAUGCAGAAGAAGGCCAACGAUGAGCUCAUUGCGCAGAUCCGUCGGGACAUCGACUCCAACGGCGAGGCCAGUGACGAAGAGGAGGUGACGGAGGUGGGACGCAAGAAGUUCGGCGGCGCGGCUAGGCCCGCCAUCUCCGCGCCCGCGCUGUCCAAGAGCAAGAAGAGCAAGAAGGCCGCCGGCGCGGACGUAGACGACGACGACGUGCCGGACAACAGCGCCGUCAACGCGGGCUACUCCAUCACCGCCGAGCCCUCGACGACGGGCUCCGCAUGGUCCUCGGGCCCGCGCAAGAAGUCCUCCUCCAAGGCGCACCAACCACGCGUGCUGGACCUGGACAACUCGCAAGCCAUGACGGCCGCCGCGCCGAAGCCCAAGACCCGCUCAAAAGCAGCCGACGACUCCGACGGGGAUGAGGACGUGGACUCCGACGAGGGGGAAGACGUCCACCUGCCCCUCGCGAUCCGCGACAUUGCGCAGAUGGACAAGGCGUUCGCGGGCGACGAUGUGGUGGUCGAUUUUGCGCGCGAAAAGGCCGAGGUCGAGGCCGAGGACGACGACAAGAUCGUAGACAACACGCUGCCGGGAUGGGGCGGCUGGGUCGGCGAGGGCGUCAGCCAGCGGGAGAAGAAGAGGCAGCAGGGCCGGUUCGUGACAAAGGUCGAGGGCGUGAAGAAGGCGGACCGCAAGGACGCCAAGCUCGACAAGGUCAUCAUCAGCGAGAAGCGCGUCAAGAAGAACGACAAGUAUCUCGCGACCCAGCUGCCUCACAUGUACGAGUCCAAGGCGCAGUACGAGCGCUCGCUGCGUAUGCCUCUGGGUCCCGAGUGGGUUACCAAGGAAUCGUUCCAGGAGGCGACGAAGCCGCGCAUUCUCAAGAAGCAGGGUAUCAUUGCGCCCAUGUCAAGGCCAACGUUGUAA